AUGGCAACUAGAAACGGCCUCCGCCGCUCCCUCCUCUACAUCCCCGGAUCCUCGCAGCGCUUCAUAGACAAAUCGCGUACACUGUCAGCCGACUGUGUUGCAUACGAUCUCGAGGACAGCGUCACUCCGCACAAGAAGGUCGAGGCUCGCGGGCUGGUGCGGAGGGCUCUUGAUCAACCGGCGCCGGAGGGGAUUCGCGAGCGGGCGGUUCGUAUCAAUUCUGUUGACAGUGGGUUGGCAUUAGGGGACUUGACUGAGGUGCUCCAUUCCCCAAACCUCUCCACCAUCGUCCUCCCCAAAGUCAACUCAGCCUCAGACCUGACCUUCGUCACGGACGUCAUCUCACACACUCUCUCGCAACAACAACAAGGCCAACAAGGCCAACAAGGCCAACAACGUCCCCCAAUCUCCCUCCUCGCCCUCGUCGAAUCCGCCAAAUCCCUCACAAACCUCACCCAAAUCUGCUCUGCCUCCCCGCUCCUUCAGGGUCUGAUCUUCGCCGCGGAAGACUUCGCGCUCGACCUGAGCUUGACUCGUACACCAACCCUAACUGAAUUCCUCUUCGCGCGCUCUAUGAUUGCAACUGCCGCGCGUGCUGCGAACCUCCCCUCCACGAUUGACCUGGUCUGCACGGCGUACAAAUCUACAACCGGUGACGGCCGGCCGCCUGCGGCACUGGAGGAGGAAUGUCGCGGUGGGAAGUAUUUGGGGUUCAAUGGGAAGCAGUGUAUCCACCCAUCGCAGGUGGAGACUGUGGAGCGGAUUUUUGGACCUGAAGAUAGUGAAGUUGUGUGGGCGGUACGUGUGAAGAUCGCGGAUGAGAAGGCUGCUGCUUCUGGUCGGGGAGCUUGGACGUUGGAUGGGAAGAUGAUUGAUGUUCCGGUGGCUGAGAAGGCAAGGGCGAUUGUGAAAAAGGCCGAGGCUUGUGGGUUUAAUGUCCACGAGUUGCGAGAGAAAUGGCAGCACCAGGAGCCGGAGUAA